CCGAACUGCGGUCACACUGCUUGCAUCAUCUCCCAGCGCGUCUGUAAAGCGAUAAAAUAAUUUUACUUUUGAAUCGCCUUGAGAAUUUAACUCACUGUCGCCGCUCCAUAUAUAAAAAGCGUGCAACGUAACAUCCAGAUUUAUUCGAGAAUUUCCCCAAUUGGUUGCGAAUAGCAGUCAACACCGCUAAUUCGGCACGCUAAUUGGCAAAUCCCAUUUGAUUCCAAGGAGGAAGACGCACAAGCAGAAGGGUGAAGAACAAAAGGAGGAGGAAAACAACAGUUAAUCGUCAAAUUUUACAGGCAAAAGUCUACAAUGAGCUCUGCGGAGGAAAACAGCAAUAGCCCGGCUACCACGCCCCAGGACAACGAGGCCGCCGAGCAGGCCAACCUCACGGAUCUCGAGAAGAUCGAGGAGGAGAAGCUCAAGAGCAAGUAUCCCAGCGGAAUGCGUGUACCCGGUGGACACUCGGCCUUUCUGCAAAAAAGGCUCCAGAAGGGGCAAAAAUUCUUCGACUCGGGCGAUUACCAAAUGGCCAAGCAGAAGGGUGGCGGCGUCAAGCAGGUCUUUGCCAAUAAGGUGACCACCGGGGAGGCCAUUCCCACGCCCGAAACCGUGCCGGCGCGCAAGACUUCGAUUAUCCAACCCUGUAACAAGUUCCCGGCGACGAGCUAAUUUACUCACCUUUACUUUAUCCGCAACCUCAACUGCAGCCAGUUUCCCGUUCCCACUUCAAAUGCUCUAUACCUAAUUUUAAAGAAAAAACCUAAUGCUAAGAUGGCUGCUGCCGGAUUGUGUAGGCCUUUCGCGAAAGUUUAAACAAAAUUUUGUAGUAGCUCCCCGUUCCUUUUCCCCGUAAACUUUAAGCGCCAACUGCACUGGCCAAUCUCAAGAUCCCUUCAUCAGUACAUCUCUCAGGCCGGGGAAGCGAGAAUUGCAAACCGAGCAGCGCGAAAUUUAUUGAAAAAGUUAUAUAUAUCUCUAUCUCUGUAACAUUAACAUAACUUACCCUGAUCGUACGUAGCUGUAAGUAUUACGAGCAUAAUAAAUUUAAGUUGGAGCCAGCCGCCACAUAAA